AAGCACCUUCAGCCGUCAGCGUCUCUCUCUAAAGUCGGAGAGAUUGACCUUCGCGCCGUUGGUUAGAUCGGUCAAUGGUUCGACGACAAUGAUAACCAAGACCAACCCUACGGUAGAAUCUUAAUUUGGAUGAAAAGAUCGAUUUUGGAGCAAGUGUUCGAUACAGGAAGUUCACGUUCCAAAAAUGGCCCUCGCAUUUGCGCGCGAUUUGACGGAUACGUGAUGAUUGUUACACGAGGUCACGUUAUAAAGCUUCGCCCCACAUCGAGGUGAUUUCCACUCAAAUCAUCACUUAUAGUUUGACGAAGAAAAUUUCUAAAAUAAACACGGAACAAUCUCCAGUAAGAAAAAAGAAGUAAUACGAGUGAUUACUUCUUGAUUAUGCCACCGUGCGAGAAAUAACUCGGGAGUUUCCGAAACUUUCCAGACAAUGUAUCGCGAAUGAGCUUUGAGCCCCAUGCAAGUUCAUGGAUAGCGAUUUGCCAGGAAAAGAAAGGUUUUUCUAUGCGGUGGAUGUAUUUUAAAUGGGGAAAAAUUUAGAUGAUUUUGGAGAUAUGAGACUUUCGAUUAUACAAGAAAAUAGUAAAAAUGAGGUAAAAAAAUUUGGAAACCGAGUUUCUAAGAAUGCAAUCAUGAUGAACGAUCCUAAGUAUGGUGAAGAUAACAGGACAGACAACUUAGAGAGAGAAGAAGGUUCUAUGAUAUCCAAUCUCCCUCUUUUGUUUGCUAAUGGUUAUCCCACAUCUCUGGAGAAAAUUACCAUGGCGCAACUAGAACGUUUUAUAUUAUUUAUGGUUCAUUGUUCACUGGGUCAUGAUACAACUAAGGUUAUUAAUAAGCCUGAGUGGUGGCCUCAAGAUGUUAAAUUUUCAAGUCCAUUAACAAGACCCAAAAAAAUCAAUGAUAGCUGGAUGGCAAAUCUAAAAAAACUGGUUUUCCGAUGUUACACGUAUCAUAGAAGUGAAUAUUUGUUACGUUUUUGUUCCUAUUUAGCUGAGUACCCACAUAAUGAAUUAGAGUAUGUUAAUAAUUGGGACUCGACGACUAGUCUGUAUCAUAAAAGUACAGGAAAGCUACUAGUAACAUUUCGUAAUGAAAACAUGCAUUAUGACAGAAGAAAUGACAGUCCCCGACGAACAUUGUUAUCCCAUAACGCAUCUGCAUCAAGUAAUGGAAAAGCAAAGCAACAAGCUCCCAUGAUAGUUCAACCACCAUGUGAUGAUAUUUAUCUUUGUGACAAUUGUGAUGCUGAAUUUGUGGGCCUUGCAAAUAUGAAGGAGCAUGAAAAAAUAUGUUGUGAACAAGAUCAUGGUGGGUGUAGUGGCUCGCGCUCGUCCACACCAGAUUUAUCCAUGGUCGAGCCUGAGCUACAACAGGAUCAAUUUCUGGAGUACUUCCAGUUACGAUCGAGUAAGACUGAAUCUAAAUCGGUUGAUGUGAAAAACGCAAGUGCUCCCGAUGGUAUCGUCAGACGUACCUCUGGACGUGUUAGGAGUUCUCUUAAUUUUACAAGAUUUUCUACCAUCCCGUUUUCAUCACCUGCUGGCAUAAUGCUAACGAAAAAGUCAAAGGCUAUGACUGAAGAAACACAACAGGAACGAUUAGAUAGAAUAGAAAGGCACGUUAUCGCGCCGAUAUUGAGCAAUUCGUGUAGACCAAAAUGGUUGGACACGGAAAUGGAUAAUGAUAGAUGGAUAGUGACAUAUAAACAGAAUCGAGAUAAACCGACUGAUCAUUAUGUGCAUCAAUAUAAAUUUAUGAAUUCUUCUAAAAGUAAACCAAUACUGAGUAUACAGUCACAAUUACUCUAUGCCACAUGCAGACCUAUUUAUGUUGUUCUUACCCGAUUGAACGAGAAGCAAAUUGAUGAAUUGAAAAAGGAUCCCUCAAAAUAUCAAUGUCCUCAGAGAAAUAUCAAUGUCCGGAAAUUUUUAUCAAUGAGAAAAGCAGGACCAGCGUGCAAAACGAAGUCAAGAAAGACGACCCACACGCAAAACGUAUCUGUAUCUUCGAAACGAAAGGCGCCACUGGAGGAUGAUGCAGAUCCAAUUACCGUUGAAGAAGAAGAAACCAACAUUAGUACAUCAGCUAAAGAAACUUUAAUCGCCCUUGCUGCUGUGAAAUCAUUUUCGGACAAUGCUGAGGCUACCAAAUCAGCCAAAGAGAAAAAGUGUCCAUCACAUACAAUAAUGUUGAUUGACCUCUGUUCAUCCGACGAAGAAGAGAAUGAUUCGAGUACUCGAACGUCAUGCGAUGAGAACAGAGAUCCCCUGAACACCGCGGAGUCUUCAAUCACAAAAUCUUUCUUGCGAAAACUAUCACCGAAACAAACUUUACACAAAACUUUGCAUUUACCCCGCACGCUCAUCGACAGACUAGUUAUUGAAUAGCGUAUUCAACGAAGAUAAAAAUAGGAAUAAAUACCGAUUGUUGAUUAUUUGGGAAAAAAAAAUGCAUAUGCUUGUCUCUGACUUUCGUAAAUUGUAUCGUAA